AUGUAUAAGCACAAAUAUCAUAACACAAAAGGGAAGCAUAAAAAAGGUAACAAAAAUGUCUAGAAAAUACUGAAUAAUAAUAUAUUUUCGUAUGUUGUUAUGUUUAAGGAGAUAAAAAGUAGUGUGUGGUGCAGUAAGUACUGUAUGUGCUUUGGUGGUAUCUGAAUUCUUGACUCAAAGGCUUUCUUUUGUUUUACUAAUCUGUUUAAAGUUAGCGUGGUCAUCAUAAUUAAUCGCAUGUUAUAGGAAGAUCAAAAUUACCAAUAAUUUUUCUUUGCAGCAAAAUUUAUAUCAUUUGAUGAAGCUGAGAGUACGUUAAAUGUUGUUUUGUUCUUUUAAGGAACUACAUCAUCAUUUCUUUGACAUAAAUUUUUUGAAUUUUCAUUUCUAACCUGUGUUAACUUGUAUUUUCUUCAUCCUGGUAAACCAUUGGUUUUCUUAAAUGGAGAAAUUAUAAAUUUCAAACUUUAUUUGAAGUUAUUUUUACUAACAUUAAUUUUUAUGUAAUCAAGUGAGAAAAGAUUCUCUGUAAGCACCAAAGACUGCUAUAAGGGCAACUGUGAAAUUGGGAAAUAAUGUAUUUUUUUCAUUAGAACUAAAUUUAUUGCUUACACUGUGUGGUUACAAUGUAUUCCACCAAGAACCAGUACCUUUGAGUUGAAAUGUUACCAUAGACUUUGAAAAUGAAAAGUUACAACUGAAGCUUUAUUUUUCUACAAGUAGCAUUUUGUCAGAGCAAUAAGUAAUAAAAAAAGUAUUUUUGUUUUAAAGCAGACUGAGCUGUUUCUUAUAUAUGUAUUAUAAUAUUAUUUGAAAUACUUGCCAACUCGAAGCCUGUCUAAUCUGUCAUGUUUAAUUGAAAAAUUAAUCCAUUGACCAGUUUUAUCUUGUCAUUUAAGUUUGUCAGUGCUAUACAUUGAUUUUGGCACUGUUCAGCAACUGCAGCACUUGUCACUUUUGUAUAAUUAUACAAUAGUUUCAAAACAAUUGUUGGAAUGUGGCCUGUAGAUUAACUCCAUUUCAUUGACAGCAUAAAAAUGUUUGACUUCAAUGUUGAACUCAAACUGCAUAGGAGGUCAGAAGUGUUGGGAACUCUCCAGUGAUAUCAGUAAAACUUAAGUGACUCCCACUCCAAACAAUGUUGACUUGUGAACGAAAUGGAUGGAAAUGAGUCCUUUUUUGUGCACAACAUUGCUGGGGGGGGGGGAGGGGUUAACGAAGGGAUGGUCCCAAAGCUUAUCAAAACAUUGUUGCAACAUGUAGGCCAGAGCAGAGUCCUUUGUAAAACUUUUUUGAAAGGGUUUUUCCUGUACUAAGUUCUUUUGACCCCCUCAAAUAGAACAGGAUUCGGAACUGAUAAGAAGUCAGUCUCUGAAUCCACAUUUUGUGAAAACCUUUUCUGUGUAUUUUAAUUUGCACUCAUGAUUGUAGUUCAGCAGUCAAAAAAUUACAUCACUGACAGCUCAAAGUUAAUACAGUUGUGUGAAUUAUAUUAUAAUAUUCAAUUUCAAGAAUUGAUUUUUAUUUUGUGCAAAUAGGUGGAUCUGAUGCUGAGUACGAUGAAGAAAGUGAGCUGUUUGAGCAGGAAUGUGAUGUCUUUAUGAAGGAUUUUGUGGCAAAAAUCUUCUUAAUCAAGUAAGUUACUUAGCUUCCGUGUAACUCACAAGGAUAUUUUUUCUGAGUCACCUACAUUGACAUUCCAGCCCAUUGAGCAUGGUGGAUGUUUGUCACAUGAACCUUGUUAAAUGGUCCGAGCUCCAUAUCUAGACUUCUUCUUUAUUGGUCUUUAAUACUUAGCUCCAUAGAGUACUAGAGUGAUGACGUCAUAAAAAUGGAAUUUCUGAAAUUAUGGGAUUUGUCAGGAUAUUCUGAAAGAACAAUGUCCAAGAGGCCUACUUACCAAAAAUGAGCAUUUUGGGGCAAAUUGUCUCUGAGAUGUUAGCCGGUUAUACUCAGAAAACUCCAUACAAACCCUUCUAAUUUUUUUGGGGGUCGACCCAAAAAAAUUUAGAAGGGUUUGUAUGGAGUUUUCUAAGCAUAACUGGACUACGAUCUCAGGGACAAUUUGCCCCGAAAUGUUCAUUUUUGACAAGUACAUUGUAGGCCUCAGAAAUUUCAUUUUUAUGACGUCACACCUUAGUACUCUAUAUCUAGUCUUCUGUAUGUAACUCAUUUCAGUGGUAGAGCAUGUAGAACAGUAGAUCAUUCAGCAGGGUUGUCAGAAGUAGUCGGCUGCUGGAGAAACUCGCCGCCUAGCCUGAGUUCAUGCCCUCUCCUUAUUAUCCCUUUAUGUCUCUCACGGGAAGAGGGCAUGAUACAUUUCUUUGUCGGAUCACAUGUAAAAAUGCCAGAAUCUGGAUUUUUUUCUGAUUGGAUAGGAAACAAUGCGGAUGAUUUGCGCCGUUCCGAUUGGCCAAAAUGACGCCAUCCGUUAGUUGUUGUUGAUUUCAGUCUGCAUUUUUGCUUGCGUAAUAAGCAGUGAAUACACACGCGAGUUCGUUAUGAAAUUUCUGCCCGCUCAGUUUGCUUGAAUUUGAAGAAUGCCUAAAUAGAAGUUUCAUCCAUUGAAAUAUUUACCAUCUCAUCGUAUACCAAAACAGUUGCAGUCAAAACUUCACCGAUCAUUUGAAUGCAAUUUGAUACCGGCUACAAGUUACAGAAGCGACAAACGGGUUCACUUUUCAAAUAAUCAAUUCAUGAAUGGAAUCUUGACCUGGUUUGACUGUAUUUCCUCCUUCAGAAAUCAUGCUUAAUUAUUCUGAGCGAUCUUUCGCUUUCACAACACCUUUCAGUUCGUAAAAUAUGGUGCUUCAGCCUAAUUUUUUUCCACUGCUUUCGGUACAGAACGAAGUCAACAAGCUUUAACCAGUAAGUUCUUUAUUAUUUGUAGCUAUUCAUAAAGGUACGACAGCUCCAGCUAGCAGUAUAUUUCAUCACAAAAACAACACAUUUUUUUUUUUUUUACUUAAGCGCCAUCUGAACACGGACGUAUUUUAAAAAUUUUUUUUCCUAAAACUGAUUUCAAAAGAGACAUUAUUCGCGCCAAAAUUUGAUUCCCGUUUGGUAAACGCUUAUUGGCUAAAAAACAUGACAGGUCAAGCAAACGUUAGAUUAUGUAAAUUAGGGGGCGGUUGACUGCUUGUUAAAUAAAUGUAUCAGGCGUUAUUUUUUUCCCUCUCGAGCCAAAGAAGCAAAAAAAAAAAAAAAAAAAAAAAAAAAAAAAAGACGCCUGAUCUCAGCUUACUCGCCGCCUACUUGGUUAGUAUCGACCGGCUACUCUGCUUGGCAUUUCAUUACAGAUGGUGUUUUUUAAAUAAAAUAUCCCUGGACUGGCCACUUACUUCGACAAGUCAGCUGUCUAGUUCAAAACUUUCUGACAACCCUGAUGCAGGGUAGGUUCAACUCCUGUUGGGAGAACUCAGAUGUUUUUUCUGAUUUGCUUGUGUCCCUGACUAUAAAAAUAAUACCCUAUAAUAACUAAUAUGAUAUUAUGCAAUACAGAAUACUUGAUGGAAAGUUUCUUAAUAAUUUUUUGCUUAACCUUCACUAGACUAAUCAUUUCCUUGGAAAACCACUGAAAAACUGAACUGUUUCUCUGAAUUUAGAAUUAAAGCUGUUAUCAUUUUGUUUGCAGGAGUGAUAUUUCUCAGGAAGAUAAACUGAAGUUUGGAAUACUAAAUCAGGUUUUUCAUUAUCACUUAAAUUUAUAAUAUUUAUUACUCACAGAACAUACUUUUCAAUGUUUUUUUCAUGUUAUUCCCCUGCAAUACAAAUUUACUAAUUUCAUUUUUUUUUUGUUCCUUUGUAGCAUAGUGCUGGGCGUCUUUCAUUUGCUAAGCAUGUUGACAACCAAGUAAGUUUUUAUGUCUGAAGCCCAUUUCCAUACUGAUUGUCACUUUGAUUUCUUGGGUAUUUUAAAACAGUCCAGUGAUCUGAAUGGUCACACCAAUCGGACAUACCGGUACUAGUAGUGAUCAGUGGGGAAGCAAGUGCUAGGUGUAUCUAGGUGCUCUUGUUGUUCUAAAGUUGGAUGGCACCAUUCACUGGAUACAAGUAUAAUAGUGUUAUCCAACUUAUGAAGAACAGGGUCCUGAAGUGUACCUGUUACAUGUUUAAUAGUUAACAAGGAUUAUCGGUUCGUGAAUGGCCUUCCAUGUGGGAGGUUUCAAGUUCAAUUCCCAUGUGUGACUUUGAACUCUUAUUUCGGCUAUUCUCCUUUUUGUGUAGCUUUAAGUAUUUGCCUGUAAAACAGGGCACUGAUGGACAGAGAGAAAAUGGGUGGGGUAAGGUCGGGGGAGGGGUGGGGGGUUGAGCACACUGUCAGCCUCAGUUUUGUCAGUCUAAUGUGUACUGUUAUGAUUUACCGAGUAGACAUAAAAAAGGGACCUUUGCCUUUACUUCAGGCUUCAUAGAAUGAUAGCCUUCAGGGCCCUGUUUUUCAAAAGAUGGACCAUGUUUUCUAGACCCAAAAAAGACCCAUCCAUUUCUCUGGGACAAAUACAUGUAGACUUUCUUGCUGGUCAAGUAAUAAGUCCCCUUCCAACGGGUGAGGGUCCAAGUUAAGUCAUCUCGUAACUAAAAUACUUUUCAGUAAGACAAGCAAGCCAUGGUCCUAAACGAAGAGCAAAAUAAGAGAGCUGAUUUCAUUAGUCAAGAGCUAUUUUCUGUAAGACUGGAGAAAGCUGUCAAUAAUGGCAAAAUCAUGUUGUCAAGUUCGAUUUUUAGAGGAACUUUGCUUUUGUUUAUGACACCGCACCGGUACAUUCCUGAGAAUUUCCUGUCUGGUUUACUAAUGCGCGUCCAAAAUAUUAUCUUUUCCAAACAGAGAGUAUAUUUCAAGAGCGUUCCAGAAACCAUUUUCUUCAGGCUUGUGCAGUACUUUGCAAUUGUCUUAUUUGAGUAAGUAUAUGACAUGGAUUGUACUACAACUUUACAACUAGAAAAUCUUUGAUUGUGCCUCCUAAAAGCCUAGCUUGCUGAGGUCAUCAAAAGAUCCCUCAAAAGUACUUUUUUGUUGAUUAAAUUUCUACUUAGAGUCUCUAACUAAGUAUUUGAGGAUUCCAAAAUGGGAAACAAAAUUUUAAUAGUCAAAAAUGUUAACCGCCUCCACCCCUUACGAAAUUUGGGAUUGGCAUUAUGAGCGGGACACGGGAAUUGGCAAUUUUAUGUAGCGCGAAUCGGGAAGUGUUGUUUUCUAGAGCUGCGAUUUCUUUUUUCGACUGAACACAAACUUUCCACUAUCAACGGCUUUUAGUGUUGUGACUGUGGCUACAGUUUUCAGUAUCCGACUAAUCUGUUUCUAUGUUUUCAUUUGUAACGCUGAGUUAACUGGACCCGCUGUAGACUUUGAGCAGUCUCUCUUUUGCCCGAAAAUCUAUUUGCGAGUGCGAUAUAUAUGUGAGAAUGGAAGCGGCAAAGCCGCGAGCAGCGUGUUGUACGGGCGCCAGUACUGAAAAUUUGUUUCUGAACACUGAAGUGUUUUGGAAUCGGGUUUAGCCGAUGAACAUCCUCGGACUCACGAGACUGAAUGAAAAGUCAGUCUGUAUGACCGAAUUGAAAAAUUCCAUUGGCCCGAACUCUCGUCUAGUAAUAAAAGUAGGGUACCUUCCCAGAGUAUAUAAUCUCUCUGUGUUCUAAAAAAAGGGAGUGGGCAGGCAGGUUUUUACUUAGGGUUAAUUUGUGUUGUAGGAUGAGGAGAAGGGUACGAACUUUAAGGGAAAGUGGAGCCGGGGGGGGGUGGGUGAGGUUGGCGCUUAUUCAUUAGCCUGCGAAAACAGCUGACGGCACGUCCUUAGCGGCCAGAAGCCAGGAGAGACGGCUGUUUUCGCAAGUUAACUGAUUAUUCAAGAAUUUCUAUUUACUGUACAGAUAAAAUAUAUAGGUGCUGUGCUUUACGUAUAGAAAAAAUAGUUGGUCUCACCUUUUUCUUUGCGAUACUGUUUGUAGUUGACUUCUUUUCCUGAAAAAUUAAUUUUUAGGUGAACACGAGCAAAUUUAAAUUAAGUAGACCGUUAGUUUAGCCUCUCUCUCUUCUGAACGAAAAUUGGAAGCAACAUGGCAAAUAUCGAGCGAAGCGAGUAUUUAUAGUAAAACCAGGGCCAAGAGGCUGAAUUGGCUUUUUGGAAAAACAGCUCUUGAAAUUGAACAACUAUCUUGUAUUUUGAUACCGCCGUUACAAAACGCUUUAUGCGCCGAUACUUUGUAGCACGUUUUUCGUGUGUAUUUUUUUUGUUACUGAGUACCUUCCUGCAAACCCGCGUGAGGAUAUCGGGGUUUCCAUUUAAGGCCGGAGGUCGGACGUUUCGUCUGGUUGUUUACCAGGCCAUGUCCGGUACUUUGAUGCCAUUUUGCAUGUGUCCGUUUUUGUUUCUGUUUGUUUGUUUGUUUUUUUUACUUAAGAUUUUUUUACUUAGCCAUGAAGCGUUUGUCUUAGGAAUAUCAACGCUAAAACAAAACGUUAACUGCUAAAACUUUACCCUAAUUAUUCCAAAAUCAAGAAACAAAUCUCCUGUCUCUAAAAUUGUGGAAACAGCAUUUGUGAGAGUUUUAAUCCCAAAAUUUUUGUGGGGAUCACUUAUGCCUUUUUCCGCGCUCGUAGUCUGCCUUACAGCGGAAAAGGGGUUAUGUCUGGUUUGUGACUGGUACUUUAACGAACAAAUUACAUAAAUCGGUUACGUUUGAAAUCUGUCGAAAACCUUUUGAUAUCCUGUAAUUAGCCUGCAGUGCUGGUUAUUUCUUCGUCCAGCGGUAUCGUUAUUCCGUUAUUUCCUGCAAUUGCAAUUUGUACCCAGAGUCUUCUGGCAUUUUCCUCACCAAACAGUAGAGGACUAGGGAGAGUAGAAGGUGCGUUCACCGCGGUCAAACGUCUAAAUUUUUGGUUGUUUUUGUUUUUUUGUUUUAAUUGCUGGAAUUCCAUUGACCAUUAAGUGGAAAUUUGGGCAAAAAUGUUCAGAAUAAUUACUUGACGUACUCUAUUUUCAUUUUUCUAAAAAUCUUGAGUUUCCUUUGCGUUGAAAACGCUUCGAGACCGAGUGAAAUUACGCUGGCAAUUUGCGCCGACAAUAGCACCAUUUUCAGUUUUCAAACAAUUGGAACUAUUUUUAUUAAACUUCAAAAAGUUUAGUAAAUCAACAACGUAUAAGUCAAUUUUUCAACAUUCAACAGUGAAAAUAACCGUAGCUCGAAAAAAAUUUCUUUCAUUUUGAUUUGACCGCUGUUACCAUAUAAUGUAGCUCUUUUUUGUUAUUAAAUUACGUUUUUAUUGAGUUAUACAAAUUGAAAAGUGCCGCAAUAUAAAAGAAAGUAAAGCUCUGUUUUUACUAGAGAAAAGGCAAGGGAAAAAAAUAUUACAAGGAUCAGUUCAUUCCUUAUUCAUAAGAUGGGCAUUUUUGUAUUAAAUCUGCUUGUUCUUACUUACCCCGUUGCUGGUACGAACUCCUACUCUUGUAGCGCUGGUUUCCUAAAAAUAAUACCACAACAGUAAGUUAACCUGCGUCGUUUUAGUAUGAAAACUAGUCAAAUAUUUGAAUAAAUGAGAUGAUGAUAUUGUCCAAAAGCCUACCCCUUAGUCCCACCUUUUGCGGCAAUUUGCCAAACAAAGAUAACUUUUUUGUUCGUCAAUGUAGUGUUGAAUACCCGGUUGACCAAACUCUAGUUUUCAUUUAUUUGAAAGGUGUUACAUCUCUUCCUAUUCUUUAAUUUGUGCCUGCCGUUCAAAUACUUUUUUUUUUCGAAAAAUAUUUCGCCCAGAUGAAGCGUAAAUAUCGGAUGACGGGAUUUUUUGGCAUUGGUAUAAACAUAACGUUGUCUUCCUUUCUAAGUGGCCGAAGAUUCAUUGUCUUACCGCCUCUUUGAGGUCUUUAAGAUGUCCCAAAGGACUUAUUUUAUACUUUCCAAGCCCAUCGUCUUUUAGGUGAAUCUUGUAAUCGUGAAUUAAGUCCGCGGAUGAAUGAGCCUGUUCCAUAUCACUUUUAUCGUCCUCGGAAAUUCUUUGGUUUAACCGAUCGUAAAUAUACAAAUACGACGGCUUUAUCUUCCCCAAGUGGCUCAUUUUAGACAAUGCUUUUGACACACGAAGAAGAUUUAUUCCCGGCUAUAUUAUGUUUUGUACAAACUAUCAACUGCAGAAAAAUACCCAUACAGUUGGUCGUUUAAUUAUUAAUCAGGUUAUCUCUGAAUAAGGACUAUUUUUGAUAACAGUCCUUUGUGAUUUGAGUCUAUAAUCCUUCAAGGAGAUAAUUAGCUUUUCUUUCACUGAUCCUAAUUAGCGAAUAAAUGUAAACUAAAUUCAUUAUUAAUCACAAAAAUAUACUCACGGUCUUUUGAUAAUUACACAGUCAAGGUAUUUGACACAAUUUAUGUAGAAGUUGGGGUAAAUAUACGUCAUUUUAAGAUUUAUAGCAAACCAACACAACGAAAAAGUAAAAGAAGCAAACAUACAAGAAUUAAAAUGCUAUCAGAAAUUCUCUCAAAGGUUUCACUUACCAGGUUCAUGUCCUUUGGUAAAUUUUCCCCGAUUGUUAUCUUAAAAAGAGAAGUAAUGUGUUGUUUGUUUUUUAUUAUUAUUAUUAUUAUCAAUGAUCUUAACAGGCUCUGAUUGUCUUGGAACGCAAGGCGUACAGUAAUAAUUCCAAGUCUCAUUUCAUUUUUCGAAAUCAUAUUGCUGUACUGUAAAAAAAAGUGAAGCAAGUGAAGUAUUUUAUUUUGCAAUUUCAUGUUUUUGCAAGAAUCUCAACUCUAGUUCUGAAAGUUGUCGUUAUCUUCGAUCGAGGUUUGCAGUGAAAAACGUAGAAAAUGUCCCAGCGCGUAGCAAAACAAUUUGAGUAGCUCUGAAAGUCUUAAAAUAUUUAUCGAACACGAAAAGUAGUGAAUACUCACCUUGAGGCCAAAAUAGUCUGCUAAAAAUCUGUAACAAGAGUGAUGAAUAUCUUGAGCGGGAUCGUUUUAAUUUUUUAAGUGUGUUCGGCACCUGGUGUAAUUACACACUGAAAACAAUUUUUACUUUCGCAAAAAUAUAAAUCGUUGGCAAGUACCAUUAAUAAGUAAUGCCGAAAACUUGUCCAUUGUUUGUCAAAGUGAUUUGCAACAAGUAUUUAUAAAACACCAUAUAUUUAUUCACGUCGAUUGGGACGUUUUUUACUUUUGCUAAUUACUAGAAGUACUUGCUUAUCAUGUGCUUACACAAGAAAUCAAACGACACUUAGCUCUUUAAAACUUCAAUUAUAUUUGCUUGUUUUUUUGUUUGUUUGUUUUGAAAACUUCUUGAAUAAAUUUGGAAUAAGAAGGGAUUUGCGUUUUACUCUUCUUCUUCUUCCAAAAUUUCCUUUAGUUAUGUAAGAUAAUUCCUCUGUUACAGAGGCGGCAGGAGAUGGGAUUGGGGUUGUACUUCCCUACGGAUUAAGAAACGAUCUCUCUCUGACCACUCGCUGGAUUUGUCUCUCGUUGGUCCCGAGUUCAAAUCCUCAGUCAUGAUUGUAAAUGGUCAUCUGGUCGCCUCCUGGGGUGUUUAAAUCCUGUUAUGUUAUAUCUGUGUUGUUUUUUUGUGCGAUUUUUUGAGUGGAAUGGUUUUACAAACUAGCCACAGCAGCUAAGUGCACUUCCACUAUAAACAGUUUUUUUAAUUAAAUGCAAUUUAAGGAAUAAAAUGGGCGAGACAAAACUUCGAUCUGGCGCCUUGAAUCUCUGCAUGACCUUUAGACAAUUUGAAAUUUGGAAGUCCUCGGGGCCCAGGGGCAGCUAAUCGUUAAAGAAUAUUCACGAUCGUUACAGUCAAAGUUUACAACUUGAGCGGGAGCGGCUUGGGGCAGUUACUUUUUCCAGACCAGUGACUAGUUCCUACCAGAAGUAUUUUAAGUCCUUGAUUCUAAUUGUUGUUCUCAUGAUUUUCGUCGUGUUAUUUUUAACGAUAGUGUUUUUAUCUAAGGUGUAAUCAAGCUGAUGACUUUGAACCUGCUAAGAUUUUGAUGAACAUGUGUUUUACGUUCUUUCUUGAAGUUAACAAAGGUUUGUCUAUCUUUUUACCUCUGUAUGUAUGUAUAAACGGUAUGCGUUUUGAUCGAUUGACGAUCCCAUACGACAUUUACAAGUAAGCUCUACUUAGAGAAUCAAUAUUCGCAACAGGACGUCCACAACAUUGGACCAACAUGUUGGCUAACUGACAAUCGCUGUGGUUCCUCUUUUUCCAUUUUCUCUUUAUUUUUUUGUCUGUUUAAUUUACGUGGCCAGCGGUAGAUUUUCCUAGACCCAGGACCGCGCGGUCGUUAGCAUGUGUGACAUGUGUUUCCAAUUUUAGGUUGCAUUUGUUAUCUUUACUAAUCGGUUUUCAUUGUACUCACCGGACGUCGCAACACGUGUUUGUAAGUUUCUUUUGUUAGCGUUUUCUGGAUUUGGCGUUUCCAAGUGUUAAGUUUUCCAUUUUACUUUUGUAAUUUUUGUAUCUUCGUCUAGAAACCACGGUUAUCGUGCAGUUGGUACAUGAGUUUGAUACGUAACAUCUUCAUGUAGUUCCAAAUUAAAGGUUAUAUUUUUUGGCGUCUACAAUCGCUGUGUGACAUGCGUGUGCCUAACUAUCCUCCAUACUAAUGUCAUCAGAAACGGAGGCGUCGUGUGACCUGUACUGGGUUACACCCCUCCGGGAGGAGUACUCCCUUAUAUAAGCCAUAUACCGUAAAAUUCCGAAAAUAAGCCCCUCCAUGUAUAAGCCCCUCCAAAUAUAAGCCCCCCUAAACUUGUAACGCAAAAAACCCUCCGUUAAAUCGCCCCUCCAAAUAUAAGCCCCCAGGGGCUUGUACUUGGAAAUUGCCCUCAAAUCAAGAGAGGAUAAAGGGGACAGAGAAGGUAUCCCCCAUACACACCCUAUUCCAUAGGUAAUUCGUCUCGAGUUAUUUUUAAGACCAUAGAUCCCAAGGGGGAUUAGACAACAGCCAAUCACAUAGCGCGAAUGUGUUCAGCGUGGGUGACUCACGCUCAGAGCCACGCGUUCUUCACGAAUUGACGCAAAAAAAAAGGGUGGAAGACGCGGAGAGCGAUAUUGCUAUUUGUUUUGUCGACGAAAACGACUAAAGAGAGAUUUCUGCUAAAGCUGUGUCAGCGAAACAGAAAUUUAAAAAGAAUCGCCCUUCCUCUCUUGUAUAGAGCUAACAGUACAGCAGGGAAAUCCUUAACACACUGAAUAUUCUCUCAGGAUCAUUUAUAAUUUACAGUUUGAAGAGAGCAAUUUCUGGUUUGAUAUUUAUUCUUUUAUUAGUCUUUUAUUAUUCAUCAAAAAUAACACGUGGCGUCCUACUUGCUUUAUUAUACAAACGAUCGGUUUCAAUAGACCGGCGAAAUUUCUCAUUGUAUUAAAGCACUGAGGUUACGACAACUUCACGGGUUGUCAAAGAGUCAAGCGAUUCCCUUUUCCCAGGUGAGCGCCGACUCAUUUCGCUUCAAUAUUCAGAAAUGCUCUCGAUCUCUUUACGUUUUCAUUGCCUGUCGUCAUGCGAAACCUCCACGAAUCAUCCACGCAGCGCGCAAGGUAACUUUAUCCCGAUUCUAAAAAUAACUCGAGACGAAUUACCUAUGGAAUAGGGUGUGUAUCGGGGAUACCUUCUCUGUCCACUCUAUCCUCUUUUGCCUCAAAUACAAAGUAAAACAAAGCAAAAACGGUAAAUUUCCUUUCAACUAUAAGGCUAGCCCAGUCGAUUUUGAAACGCAAAUUUCCCUCCGUAGAUAAGCCCCUUCGAAUACAAGCCCCUCAAAAGGGCCUUUGAAAAAUAUAAGCCCCGGGGCUUAUUUUGGGAAUUUUACGGUAGGUAUGUGUCGCCCCAAAGGGUACGCAAAGGGUACGGAUUUUGAGCCGUUUUGGUGUGAAAAUGGGAAUAGACUUCGCCCGUUUUGGUCUGGAAUCGGGUAUGGUUUUUGAGGGAACUACGGGAGUGUAUGAACGUAUUUACCGUUUCAAUUCCAAAUGAGUAAGAAAGAAAGAGAGACGUGCAAAUACGAAAUGAAUUUUAACUUCAUUGUUGCUGUUCUAGUCUAAGUAAUGAUGACCUUAUUUCUUAGAGGCCAGGUCUGAAAACUGGUGAGAAAAAUGUCCUUUUUUGGUCUGAAAUAGGUCAGGAUUUGGACAACCGGGCGGCACACCCCCACCAAGAAUUCCCAGAAGUAGCCCCGGGGGUUAGGCUAACUGAAAGUGAAACGGUGGGUGAUCAGACCUGUAAAACUAUUAAAAAGGAAGUUUUGUGGUGAAAGAAAACUUCGGGAAAAAAAUCUGCCUGCUAUUUUUCUGCUAUCUGUGGUUCUUUUACAGUAUAAGGGAAAGCUGUAUCCUUUUCAAAGUAGAUUUAGGGGCAAUGAAUCACUGUUGAAAUUUGCUUUGUAAAUGAUAUACAAAAUUUUUCUCAGGUAGUGAAGAGUCGAGCAAACAGUUCAUUGUGCCGUAUUUGAGAGAUCAGCCUAUUUGGUGAGAAUAUAUUUUUUGUAUUUUUCUGUUGAUUUUUUGGUUCCCCUCUUGAAAUACAAUACCAUACUAUCAUGUUGGACCAUUUAUUCAAGCAGACCAACUCUUUUAGAAACGACAGCUUUUAAAAACAAUUACUUGUUUGUAUUGUUGUUAGUCCGUUGCCUCUUUAUCAUAGUUGUUUUUAAUUACCUGGGACGGGUAAAGGUACCUUAUGCAAACAUUGACCUCAACCAGGUAGGCGUCCAGCGCUUUUAGUGAAACAAGGGUUUGGGUGGGGUGCUCAGUCUCGCGGGCUCAUAAAACCUGGCCUCGGUCAUCAAGGAUUUUCUAUGCAAAACCCUCGGGCACUCCCUUAUUUAGCCUAGACCGGUAUGUGCCGCUCAACAGGGUCUUAUUUUCAGGGUCUUGAGUUCAUCGCUAAUAUGAGUUUUAAAUGUAGGAAAUCCCUGCGGUUUUGGAACGCAGCAUUUUUCGAUGCAGUCCACGGCGAAAAAGAACUUCCAGCCAUUCCGAGGUUUGUAGAUUCAGCUAGGUGCUAGCUACUAUUUGUAUGUGCUUACUUUUGAGGGACACGAUCGUUUUGAAAAAGUUUUUGCAACAACAGAAACAUACGAAAAUGCCUCAGUUAGUUAAGGAAUACGGUUUGGCCACACAUAGUGAGGAUCAAAUAGGUUGUAACUUACUCUUGUGUCGCCUCGAGUAAGGGAAUCCAAGUCAGACUUGGAUUCUGGAUCCCACGCCGUGGAUUUCGGAUUCCAGCUAUUGGAUCCGGGAUCUUCGUCAGUGGAGCUUGGGUUCCGGAUUCCAAUCAUAAGUGGGCUUCCUGAUUGCUUGGGCUGUAUUCCGGAUUCCAAAGCCCAGGAUUCCGGAUUCCAUAAGCAAAACUUUCUCGUAUUCCCUUAAGUAGCCUGCGUCGCAGACGCUCUAAACCUUCUGUAUAUAGCGUCUGUGAAUUAGUGCACAAUAUCGUGUUCGAAUCCCGUAGAGUCGCAAAGAAAUAUGUCGGCGUUAUUGACUGGCUAUUUUCUUUCGCAGUUUGUGAUUAGUCCGAUUUGAAUUAAGCGUUGACAGGCCAAACAUGACUCAUAGCUCGUGACCAGAGAGAUUGAGCUCGUGAUAGUGUGAAACGUGACUUUAGAGACCCCUAGAGUAGCUUGAACAACAGAUGUUUUUCUUCCUCUCUUUCUGCGUAAUUUAUACAGUUCGUGGAGUAUUCUACAAUUUGAUUGAGCAAAUUUUUUUUUGCCGCUUUGAGUCUCACCUUUAGCUACAUUUAUAGAAUGUGAAGCUGGUCUGUUUCAUACAUAUUGAGUAAUUAGUUCCUGUAGUUUAUUUUUUGGCAAAUGUUUUCUAAGACGAUUUGAUCACAGAUGCAUAAAUGAUUUUCUUUUACCUCUGAUUAAGCCUUAAGCUUCUUUAUUGCGGCUAAAUAACCUUAGUUUCUUUGGUUUUCAACGAAACGCUUGGACCUGAACAGCUACAUGUGUGCAGUUUUUUUUUUAUCGUGAAUAACGUGAUGAUUUCUUCAUUUGUUUUGACUCUAGAACUGUCGGCUAAAUUACAGAAUACGCAGUAGUACAUCUGCAGCGAUUGGAAGACGCUGGGAAACCAGCCGGCAAAUUUACUAGCAAAUUCUGGCCUUGAAGGAAUUAUCUCAAAGCGUUUUUUUGCUCAGAAGACGGCUCUAAAGUUCGAACUACUCUCUCCUUGUUCACUGUAAACGAUCCUUGCCAACUCCCUUCUGUGAAUUUUGACAUGUCACUGCACCCAACCGUCACGCACACGUAAGAAUUGCGCCAAUCGUGCGGCUCGUAAGAAACUAGCCUGCGAGCAAGCUCUCCUUUUUGGGCGAGUGAAACGAGUCUCGCGAGAACACGCGAGCGAGCGGCGAAGCCGCGAGGGGCAGAGGAAAGGAGAGCUUGCAACCAUCCCUUACAAAUUUUCAUUUGUACUUCGCCCAGACGAAGGGAAAUACCAUUGGCUGAAAAAUGACGUUCCGGAAAUCAAAGUUGAUUGAUAACAGGCCAAGCUGGCACCCGCUUCGACUGUGUGUCAAAUUUGGUUCUCAGGGGGAUCAGAUUGGUACCGAGAACUUGUUUCAGCCCUCAAUGCAGACGGGCUCGUUAGUUGUAACUCUCGCAAAGAGAAUAUUGCGUGCCGAGGAUAAGUCGGACCAAGUUUGUAGUUCUUGUGGAAGGAAAAUGAAAACCCUUCAUCAGUUGUAUUCAUUUGUGUCAAGCGCCUUGUUUAGUUCUGAAAACCGGGAGAGUGAAAGUGAAGAGUGAUUAAAGCGCUGUCUUCCAACAUCGGUUUCUUCGCCCGAUUGAAUUCUACUGGGUAGAAAAAUUCAGAAACGUGUACUUGACAGUGUAGCUGUGUAGCUUGAUCGUAAAGAAGGAAAAGAGAAAGAGUUGGAAGCAACUGGAGUAAACCUUAAGAGAACCAAGUGCAGGAAAACGCUAUUCUCCAGUUCCAGACGGACAAAUAUAUGAUGUUUUUGUUGGUGAUUGCGAUGGGGAGUAGUCUUCUACGCUGCAGUAUGGACGACCUUUCAAAAGUAAACGAAACGAGAAUCAAAGUAGUGAGUUCUUAUCCGAGCGGACACGUUGAAGUUCGAUGUCCCCGUGAAAAAAAAAAACAUAUCAGUGAUAUUAAAAACAUUGCUUUAAUGCUGUUGCGAAAGCGAUUUAUAAAUAAAUAAUUCUACGCGCCCUCGGCUGUCUAAACUUACUUGACAGGCGGUUGUCACUUUUCUAAUCUGCCGCACGUUUGCGGUGACAAUUUUCACGCUUUGCGGAGUCCCGGGGUUUCCGGGGUGGAAAUGAAAAUUUAUGAGAGAUGGUUGCAAGCUCUCCUUUCCUCGGCCCCUCGCUCGCGCGUUCUCGCGAGGCUCGCUUCGCUUGCCCAAAUAGGAGAGCUUGCUCGCAGGCUAGUAAGAAACCCGUAAGAAACCCGCCUAUCAGAAACGCUCACAUAUGUCCUUGCGACUCUGCAGGAUAUUAGAACGAGCUUUUGUGCACUAAUUCGCAGACGGACUAUACAAAGGGUUUAGACGAGUGCGUGGGCCGGCUGCAACGCAGGCUAUCCCUUAAGCUACCGACAAAUGAUCGCAACAGCCCCCAAAAUUGUUGGCCAACAAUGUUGGGUGUUGUUGCGUCCAUGUUGGCAGCGGUGUGCAAACGGAUGCAACAACUCCCAACUACUCUCAACAACAUGCAACGACAUGCAACAGGAUGUUCAAACGGACUCAACAUGUAACAUCCAACAAGGUUGCAUCCGUUUGCACGGAGCUUUACAUGGGGGGACCUGUAUAACGAACGUUAACGACUUGUGAAGUAAAUGGAUAAUAAUUUUUUAAAAAAGCCGCCAGCUACGCAGACUACUAAAUUGCGUGAAAGAAAAAAAUAACCGCUUAAUACAGUAAGAGAACGUUAAAUAACACAACAAGUAACCAAAUACAAAGCGGGCACGGAUGGACAAAGCUGAAAAAGACUGCAUAUGAGGCUUUCGUCAACUGUUCAACCUGUAAAUUUUUUUCUCUUUGUUAUUUGGAACUUUCAAAUCGUUUACAAGGACUUAUUCGGUUGAAAAUACACAAUAGCAAAUAUGACAAUUAUUUGCUUAGAUUUCUUUUGAAAUUCCUGAUAUCAUCGUUAGCUGCCGCCGGUUGGCAUUUUUAUUUUUAUUUUUAUAUUUACAUUUGCUUCUUGUUUACAGUGACUUGUGGCACAGCUGGUCUCCAGAAGAACAAAUGGAGUACGAGGAAUGUGACAAGAACAGCAUGUUUGGCAAAUUAGGGUGCGUGGCAGAGCCCCUCUCUUAGCUUUGCCUACCGCAAUACUUUUCAGUAUUAUUUCUCUCACCCAGUUCCUGUUGCGCCGUGGUUAACCGAUUCUACUUUAAGGCCCACUUGCAACUUUCGAUACAGACCGAGAAAAUGAAGUUAGUAAGAUAUAUAUGUAUCUCCGAGGUUAAUUGGGCGCGCAACCUGAUUUUCAGACGUCCGUCCGAGGUUUGAUCGCGGCCCCUUCCGGAGAGAAGCGAAGGGGCCGCGAUCGAGCCUGAGAUGUCUGAGAAUCAGGGUACUGCGCGCCCAAUUAAGCUCGGAGAUAUGUGUAUCUUACUAACCUCGUUUUCUCGGUCCGUACUGCAAUUUGCAAGUUACAGAUCCUAGAAAUAAGAAUUUGGUCGUACAGUAUAGACCUCAAACUCAUUUGGCUAGUUGGCGAAUGCAGCCGUCUCUCCUCGCUUCCGAGAUAAGACGGCUGCCUUUGACAGUGGCGGAUCUAGACCUUCAGAUAAUUUUAGGGGAGGGGGGUCAUCCAGACCCUGAGAUAUGGGGGGGGCGGUCUCAGAAAAUUUUUUUUCGGCCCCUCGGGCCUCGGUUUGGUGUAAAAAUAAGGAGGGGGCGAACCCCCCGUGCCCCUCUCCUGGAUCCGCCACUGAUUUAACAUGAUACUGAUUUUUUUCGACCCCACUAGCCUUUGUGCUAUAAACACUACCGAGGGUGUUUUAUUAGGUCAAGAGAGCAUAAAGGAGACAGAGAAGGCAUCCUCCAUUCACACCCUAUUCCAUAGGUAAUUCGUCUCGAGUUAUAUUUAAGACCACAGAUCCCAAGGGGGAUUAGACAACAGCCAAUCACAUAGUUGGAAUGUGUUCCGCGUGGAUGACCCGUGCUCAGAGUCACGCGUCCUUCACGAAUUGACGCAGAACAAAAUGGCGGAAGACGCGGAGAGCGAUAUUGCUAUUCGUUUUGUCGACGGAAACGACUAUAGAUAGAUUUCUGCUAAAGCUGUGUCAGCGAAACGGAAAUUUAAAAAGAAUCGCCCUUCCUGGCUUGUUUCUAGCUGAGAGUUUCUAGCGGAGAAGAUGAAAAAGUCAGUACAAGCGAGGAGGAAGCUGUACCGAAGAGGAGAGUGCCAAUGAAAUACAAGAAAAUGUAGAAAGCUCCUAUUCCUAUGAUAGUUCAGCAGAUGAAGCGAAGAGGAAAAAAAGCGCAGGGAAGCCUAAACCUGCGCCUUCGAGCUCGACCGUCACCAAAUCAAGCAAAAAGGCGCCGAAGAAAUCAAAUAAACGGAACAAGAGUCUUUCGGAAGAAGAGAUGGAGCGAUUCCCUUUUCCCAGGUGAGCGCCGACUCAUUUCGCUUCAAUAUUCAGGAAUGCUCUCGAUCUCUUUACGCUUUCAUUGUCUUACGCCCGACAUGUUUUGCACAGCGUUUAGUCAUGCGAAACCUCCACGAAACAUCCGCGUAGCGCGCGAGGUAACUUUAUCCCGAUUCUAAAAAUAACUCGAGACGAAUUACCUAUGAAAUAGGGUGUAUAUGGGGGAUGCCUUCUCUGUCCCCUUUAUCCUCUCUGGAUUGGGUAGAUUGGAAAGUGGUGCUGGGAUGGACGGUAGGGGAAUGAAGAUACAACUGCGAACAUAUUAGAUCAUUAGACUGGAUUGAGUAGGAGUUUUGCGACGAAUUUGAUGUGCCUCAGUAAAUUUACGUCAAUUUAUGUUCUUAUCAGCAACAGUUCGUAGUCGAAUCUGAAGUUUGCUUUACUGCGUGGAGUGUAAUAGAAGGGAUGAAAUUAAUCUUUUUACGCGGGAGAAUCUCAUUAACGUUCGGGAAAAUACAUUAAUGCCAAUGUUGGAUAGCCCUUUGUCUUUAGCGCAUAAGAUAUUGACGCAGGCUAUGACGUCAUCGGCGUUAAUGUAUUUCCCCUCAUGUUAAUGAGAUUCUCCCCUAAAAAGGGGUUCAUUUCAUCCCUACUAUACCACUUCUGCCGUUCAGAGUAAAGCUAAAACUACCUGCAAUAGGGUUCUAGAUUGCGAUCCUUUUGAAGCCUAAGGAUCUCGUUACUAUAAGUUUUGCACUGUCUGCAAAAGUCGGAAAACCGUGAACACUUGAAACAUUGUAGGAAUGUUGAUUGCUUAGUGCCAAUCAGAUUUAAGACCAGGACAGACAUGUAGAUCACAAUGCCACUUACGCUUUAGUUUUCUCACGCCUAAUUUACCUUUUCCUGACAAUACGAUAGCAUUCCAGAACUAUGUCUGGUUUUCACAGUUUUUUAGUUUCACAGUAACAGAUAUCAUUCCAGGGAUCCGUGAUUUUAUAAUCAUGCCACAACUAUCGCAGGUUUUUAUUUGUUUCUUUUUUCCCACUAUCAGCACAUUUCUGAGUAACAUGAAAGCUUUUGGCUUGAGCAAGGACAUCUGCAAAGAAUUCCUUCUGAAAAUGAGCACCAUUGGGGAACUUAAUCAAGGUAGGUUGCCAUAGCAACACGUGUGCUGAAGGGGACCGAUAAAAGGGGUUUUGUCAAGGCAGUCUAGUUCAUUUUGUUAAAAACACAAAAAACAAAAAUUCACUUUCUUAUUUUUUUAUGGAACUUAACGUUAGCAAAACAAUUUCUAGCAAAUGAAAAAAGUCACCACUUCUUGUCAAGAAAAAAUAGAUCAAUUUAGGUUUCUGGGAAACUGCCCACCUACCCCUCCCUUAAGCCAACAUUAACACUUACUGCUCACUUAGAACAAAAUGUUGGCUUAAAGGAGGGGUAGGCGGGCUGUUUCCCAGAAACCUAAUUGAUCCGAAAAAAUAUCUUCCAUGCAUUAUAUCAGACGCUGAACACACCAAAAAGACGUUUUUAAAAACCACAAUUGUAAUCCGUUUUUGUCUUCUUCAGAUUUGUCAAUUUGUGCUUUUUUUGUGUGUUUAUGCUUUCUAUUAACGUUUUAUUUAGGCAGUUAUUUUUAUGUUUCACUCAAUGCUGUGGCAGUUCCCACUUUUUUAAGGUCGAUAAAUUUUUUGGCACAGCUUCUUUAAAGGUUUCUACUUUCUACCUCAUUCAACAGUUUGCAGUCUUUCCUAGGUUCGCUCGAGUUUUCUGAAGUUUGGUCUUUUAUUGAGUUUAAGGGUGGAGCGCGGGGCUGAUAAUCGAGCCUAAAGUAAUGUUGUUUCGUUUUACAGAACAAAUUUUACUUUUGGAGAAAAGUUUGGAUCAAGCAACUGAAGACGAACGGAGGCGGUGACACAACACCUGCCGCCAGUAUUUUCAAUUUCUGUUAACUACGUUAAUUUACACUAGAACUAAGAAGGAAUGUUUUCGGUGGCUAAAGCUGUUAAAAGUAAUCACAAACUGAGUGUUUCUACCCGAACUACUGCACCGAUGAAUAUUACGCUGAAACAUUAUAAGAAAGACCAAUUUAUUCUUCAAAGUAUCUGGAUCGCUUUCUACAAUCCUGAAGUCCUUGGGACAGUGAUGCAAUAUUCGUAAUUGUCUGUAAUUUCUGGGUGCCCUCAUAAAACGGUGCUAUCGUUUGAAAAAUAUCUUGCAGUUCUCCCUCCCCCUUCUACCUUACACAAUGUUGAAACUCGGGACAAAUUUUGGAUAGAGGCGACCGACGUUGUUUUUGGGGUGGGGAAAGGGGGCGGUUUAAAAAGCCCCAGGACUUUAGUCUGUGAUUGUAGUUGAGAUUGAUAGCACCAAAUCAAGCACUCGAUCCUGGGCCUGACAUCGUGCUUUAAAUGUAGAACGUAGCGUAGUGGUCCGGGCUUUCUUCCAGUUUAAACGUAAACAGAUUUCUUUGAUGGCCUUUAAUCCUCAAUAGUUUUAAAAUUUUAUAUAUAAAAAAGAGCUCAAUUGACGAAGUUUGAACUAAAUUAAUGUAUUUGAGAGUUGUACCAACUAUUUUUUAAUAAUUUUAUUCCAUUUAUUUCACUCUUAAAGCAUUUGUAACACAGCUAUGAACGAAACAAAUGUAAAUUAUUUAUUGGUAACAAGCAACUUGCGUAAGUUAUUUAGUUUUGCAGUUGCGACUCAGCAACACCGCAAGAAUUAUUAAAAAG